AUGGACGAUAUCCACGCCCGCCACGCCAAGGAGCGGCGGGAUCUCGCUCUGCAAAUCACGCUGUUAAAGAAGCAGGCGCUGAAGAAGACGCGCAAGCUGGUGAAUCAGCGGUGCGCCGAUAUGGAGCGGGACCUCGCCGAGCGCCACCGUAAGGAGUUGGGUGAGGGAGAUGAUGAUGGAGAUGAAGAAGUGGACAUGGCGGCGAUAUUGUUAGCCCAAAUGGAAGCUUCCGAGAAGAAGGAAUCUAAAACCAGUGGUGAAACCAGUGUUGAGUCUAAGGAUGAAAUUCAAGGUGAAACCUGUGGUGAAACCAAAGAUGAGACCGAUAACACUCCAACUGGUCAACCCAAACAAAAGAGAAACCGACAAAAGGAAAGGCUUGCUCGACGCCAAGCGGAGAUUGAUCGCAUUAAAGCUGAGGCUGCUGCCGAGGCGGAAAACGCCGUCGAUUACCGCGGCAUUGAAGCCGAGGCGAUGAACUCGCUCUGUAAGCGGCAAAACUUAUCUGUGUUUGAAAUAAAUCCUGAUGGCCACUGUUUAUUUGCCCUGAUAAGCGAUCAACUCGAAACACGUUUGGGAAAAACCGAAACUGUGUCUCAGUUGAGACAAGCCGCUGCCGACUAUAUUACCAGCCACCCUGACGACUUUAUCCCGUUUUUAUUCGAUGAAACGACGAUGUCGAUGAGAGAUAUCGACGACUACGUUAAAGAGCUUACCACGACGGCGAUGUGGGGGUCGGAUAUGGAGAUUUUGGCGUUGGCGAACGUGUUUCAAGUUCCCGUUGAAGUACACCAAGCAGGGGCUGAUACAUUGACGUUUGGCGACCAAUUCGCCGCUGACGCUGAAACAAGUUUGAAAAUCGCCUACUUUAAACACAGCUACGGCCUUGGCGAACACUACAACUCCUUGAGAGAUAUAGCAUAA